CCACUUCCCCCUAAACUCUCUCUGCAGCCCAAAACACUCACAUUUUACAAAGACGAGCCUAGGGUUUCGUGACGUUCUUAUACUAUGGCUUCCAAGAACUACCCAUCACUCGCUCUCGUUCUCUCUCUCAACAUCAUCUUCGCCUCGUUGGCCACUGCAUGGACACCGAAGCCGACCCCAACCGCUGCUGCUUCUUGCCCCGAAAACGCCCUCAAACUAGGCGUCUGCCUCGACUUAUUGGGUAGCUUGCUCAAUGUCACCGUCGGAACGCCUCCGAAAGAGCCAUGCUGCUCUCUCAUCCAGGGCCUCGUAGACCUGGAAGCCGCGGUGUGCCUAUGCACGGCCAUCAGAGCAAAUGUUUUGGGCCUUCACCUUGAUGUUCCGCUCUCUCUCAGCUUGCUCCUCAAUGUUUGUUCCAAGAAGGUCCCUCCUGGUUUCCAAUGUGCUUAAGCGUGAGAGGUCUUAAUUAAUCGGAGUUUGAAGUCCCUCUGAUUAUGUAAGUGAGGUGUGAUUAUCAGAUGAUGUCGUGAAACUGUGGGUUCGUAUUCUCUUUUUCUUUCUUUUACGUGAUGAGUGUGGUGGGUGGUGCCUGUUAAAAGGGCUAAAUGCCUACAGUGCUUGUUCAGCUUUCCAUUUGUGGGGGUUAUGAAGUGAAUAACGGUCUCUGAUACAAGAUGCUUAUUAAGUCAUCUAUUUCAUGUAAUGAAAAAAAGAAAGUUGUCAAAGUUGUUUCAA